AUGGCUAUCUCUCUGUCGAACUUUCUUAUCCCGAGUAUCCUUUUCCUAGCUACCGGGCUAUUCACCGAGGCUGCUACCGUCACCUACGAUUUCGAUGUCUCUUGGGUUCACGCCAAUCCCGAUGGUGCCUUUGUUCGCCCAGUAAUUGGCAUUAACGGUCAAUGGCCUAUUCCUACCAUCACUGCAACCAAGGGGGAUCGCGUCAUUGUCAAUGUCAAGAACUCGCUGGGCAAUGAAACCACGAGCCUGCACUUCCAUGGACUCUUUCAAAACGGCACGACUCACAUGGACGGGCCUGCGAGUGUCACUCAGUGUGGCAUUCCUCCUGGCAGCUCGUUCACCUACGACUUCAUGGUCGAACAACCAGGCACUUACUGGUAUCACUCUCACACACGAGGCCAGUACCCGGACGGUCUUCGCGGCCCACUGAUCAUCCAUGACCCUGACUCUCCGUACAAGGAUCAAUAUGACGAGGAGAUCAUCCUUACCUUCGAGGAUUGGUAUCACGACAUGAUGAACAAUCUGCUGGCAAAGUUCAUCAGCGUCAGCAACCCUACGGGAGCUGAGCCCGUACCGCAAUCCGCUCUCUGGAACAGCACGCAGAACAUCUCCAUACCCGUUCAGCCGGGCAAGACCUACAUGUUCCGCAUGGUCAACAUGGCCGCGUUCUCAGCACCGUACGUCUGGUUUGAGGGUCACACGAUGCGCGUAGUUGAGGUCGACGGCAUAUACACUGAACCUGCGGAGGCGAAUAUGCUCUACAUGACUGCUGCGCAGCGGUACAGCGUGCUUAUCACGAUGAAUAACGAUACGAGUUCUAAUUUUGCUUUUGUUGCCAGCAUGGACCAGGAUCUCUUCGACCAGGUUCCGGAGGGCUUGAACUCCAAUGUCACUGGCUGGCUUGUGUACGAUAAUACGAAAGAGCUUCCGACGCCGGCGUUUGUGGAUGAAUUUGAUCCUUUUGAUGAUUAUACCCUGGUGCCGCAGGACGGCAUGUCUCUUCUUGACGAAGUAGACUAUUCCAUCACCUUUGACAUGAAGAUGGAUAAUCUUGGAGACGGUGCCAACUACGCCUUCUUCAACGACAUUACCUACGUCCGGCCGAAGGUCCCAACCUUGUACACUGCUCUUACCACCGGCUCCUCUGCCACCAAUCCUGCCGUCUACGGCGUCAACACGAACAGCUUCGUUCUCAACAAGAACGACGUCGUCGAGAUCAUCCUAAACAACGAUGAUCCCGGGAAACACCCUUUCCACCUUCACGGCCACGAAUUUCAAGUAGCCUUCCGCUCCGAUGAAGAAGCAGGGGCCUACGUGAACAACGUCACCAUGCCGCAAGUGCCGAUGCGCAGAGACACGGUGCUUGUGCGGCCAAACGGGAACAUCGUCCUCCGUUUCCGGGCGAACAAUCCAGGCAUAUGGCUCUUCCACUGCCACAUCGAAUGGCACGUCGCAUCCGGUCUCGUAGCCACGAUGGUCGAAGCGCCUCUCGACCUGCAGCAAAACCUGAAGAUACCGGAGGACCACUACCAGGCGUGCCGUGACGGAAAUAUCCCGAUCGAGGGCAACGCGGCCGGCAAUACGGUUGAUCUGUUAGAUCUUAGAGGUGCGAAUGUGUCGCCGGAUCCACUGCCGGCUGGGUUCACGACGAAGGGCAUCGUGGCGUUGGUGUUUAGCUGCUUGAGCGCUUUCUUGGGUGUUGCGGUUAUUGCCUGGUAUGGCGCUGCGCCGAUUGGGAAGGCGCAGAAAGGGAGCAGUUGA